CAGGUGUCAAACCGAAACCACCCGCAUGUAAAUAUCAUAUUCAGUUUUCAAGUCAAUGCUUUACAGAACGCAUAACAAACCGAGAGUUUCGUUGAGCUCUUCCUGUUGCCAAGUUAAAAAUAGUCUCUGACUAUAGAGAUUUCUGUUUCAUUGAAUAUCUCGUUUAAGGCAGUGAUGCCUCAAAUCACGUCGGGUGUGAUCGUGCAGCUGACGCUCCUGUUAUCAGCUCUACCUGCGCAGUAUCUCAUCUCCAAAUGGACAAGCGGCACUGAGACACAACGGCACAUGGCCACUCAGAGAAUCCUUGACACAUGGGACUCCGUAAGAAAAUCCUACUUGAACACAGCUGCUUGGGUUGACUGGCUAAAUACCUGGAUUCCCAAACUACCGUCCUUCGGAGAGGAAGAGGAGCACCAAACUCUGGAAGAAGUGCUCGCGAUUGAGCUGAUGAUGCAUGAAAACGAGCACGGAUACUUUGCAGUGUCAAAGGAAGUGCGAAGCCCCAGGCCGGCAUAUGUGCUGCACCGUGUAGGUCAAGUAGUGAUGGAGACACAGAAUCAUAUGGUGGGGGUGAUCAUGGGAUGGGAUGCAGGACUCAGAGCCCCACCAGAGUGGCUCAAGAGAAAGAAAUACUCAGACUCAGAGCUGGAGAAAGCCAAGGACACUCCUCAUUACAGAAUUAUGUUCAGUGGACCUGAUCCUUCAUCAAUACUGAUUGGAUACAUCCCCCAGUAUAACGUCAAGCUCUUUCAAGGCUUUCAGCCGGACAUUCCUACCCUAGAGCGCUACUUUUCACACUUCGAUGGAAAAAAGUUUGUUAUGGAGGAAUGGUUGCAAGAAAUAUACCCUCAUGACUGAAGAAGUGAAAACUUGAGAGGUUUUAAAAACACUUUGAAAUGCUUGGAAACACAGGCGUGAUGUCUGCAAGCUUUUAUCGACAGUAUUGGUUCUUUUAAAGCAAUGGAGCUUUAAAGGGAGUUUUCAUUUUGAAGGAUGUUUUAUUAAACUUAGUUUUAUGGAAUAUAUGUAAAUAUAUGUUAAGCAGCUUUCUCAGGGCAGAACUAAAAACACAAAAUGCUAGUUUUGGAAUUUAGAAGUUUUAGAACGUCUUUCACACUUUGCAAAGGAUAUGUAAAGUUGUGAAGAAAAUGACUGAUGUUAAAAAACAAUAGACGAAAUGAAAUGUUUUAUAAUAUGCAAUUAGAUGAAAAUCCAGAUUUCCAGAGUUCCAGAAAAUGAAUUAACUUAACCAUCAGUUAAUAUGAUAUUGCUUAUUUAUUUACAUUAGAAAAACAGAAGUAUUUGUUGUUUCAAACACUAUUGAAAAUGUGGUAAACAGUGUUAAAGCCAGUAGUACAAACAUACAUAAUUGUUUAUUAAAGCUUAAUUUAUUUUAAAUAGG